AUGGAGCCCAGGUGGGGAUCAAUUAUGGCACAUUCACGGCAGACUUCCAUCUGCCUCCGGGUGAGUCGGAAACGGAACCGAACAGGUCAAGGUCGACGACUGACUAAUUACCGCUUCCCUCCAGAGCGACCAGAAACUCCGCCCAGCCCUUUGUCAACUGUGCCAUUCGCGCGCGAUCCAGAAUUUGUUCGUCGCGACAAAUUACUUAAUCAGAUCUAUAGCAAAAGCUCAGUCGCGGGUUCGAGGAUAGCGCUCAUUGGCCUCGGCGGUGUUGGAAAAUCGCAACUUGUGAUCGAAUAUUCCUAUCACGUCUGGUCCAAAUUACCGGCAACAUGGGUUUUGUGGGUCCAUGCAAGCAACGAUGCCCGAUUCGAGCAAAGUUUCCGGGACAUCGCGGAUCAGGUCAAAAUCCCGGGUCGUCAAGAUCCCAAAGCCAAAGUAUUCAGUUUGGUCGAAAAUUGGCUUCGGGAUAAGAAGAAAGGGAAAUGGGUUUGUAUCCUUGAUAGUGUCGAUAAUGAUCGACUACUUUGCGCGGUUACGAUGGCGGGGAGCUUCUCCAAAGAAAGCUUGAACAACCACGAGAAAGCGAAGAAAGCCAACAGUUGGUGA